CAGAGGGGAGGCGGUCAGGCGGUAGCAACGGAGGAGCCGGCGGCGUGCGCGGCCCGUGGUAGCCGGGAGUGCCGGGUCCGUUGCCCCCUGCGUUUGGCAGCUGUCACACAGCUCAUUGUUAGCGUUACCCGCCCCCGGGCCCGUGAGCAACAUGAGAGUAGUGGCUUUAAUCAGUGGUGGGAAGGACAGCUGUUACAAUAUGAUGCAGUGUGUUGCUGCUGGGCAUCAGGUUGUUGCUCUGGCCAAUUUAAGACCAUCCAAAAACACAGGGCAAACUGAUGAACUGGACAGCUAUAUGUAUCAGACAGUAGGACACCAUGCUAUUGACCUAUAUGCUGAUGCAUUGGAUUUGCCACUCUAUCGAGGUUUCAUAAAGGGGAGCAGUGUAAAUACUGGAAGAGUGUAUACUACGUGUCAGGAAGAUGAGGUUGAAGACCUUUACCAUCUCUUGAAACUCGUUAAGGACAAAGAAGGAGUGGAGGGUGUAUCUGUGGGAGCCAUUCUUUCUGACUACCAAAGAGUUCGAGUUGAAGAUGUAUGCAGAAGGCUUAAUCUUCAGCCUUUAGCUUACCUUUGGCGUCAGAACCAGGAAACAUUGCUUAAAGAAAUGAUAUCAUCUAAAAUUCAAGCCAUAAUCAUAAAAGUGGCAGCUUUUGGUUUAGAUCCAGAUAAACAUUUAGGAAAAACUCUGGAUCAAAUGGAGCCUUACCUUUUGGAGAUUUCUGAGAAAUACGGAGUCCAUGUUUGCGGAGAAGGUGGAGAAUACGAAACAUUCACUCUGGACUGCCCUCUAUUUAAGAAGAAAAUAGUUGUAGAUUCAGCUGAGGUGGUUGUGCAUUCAGCUGAUGCAUUUGCACCUGUGGCAUACCUUCAUUUUCUAAAAUUACACCUGGAAAACAAGGCAAAAUCUUCAGGUACAUUCAUUGUCAAUAUCUGUUCUUGUGACAUAAGCUGCAAUGAUGAUGAUGAUAUUUUCCCUUCAUUAGAAGAGAGUGAACCACGGCAAAAUUUUCCAGUCAUCUCAAAGUCUUUGAAACAUAAUUAUUUAGAUAUGGGUAAGACAUUUGGAAGGUCAGGAAAAUCCCUGAGUGGUUACCAGUGGUUUUCAGGUAUCACUGCCAACUUCCUUUCAUCAAAAGGCAAAAAUGCUCAAGAGGCAGCAAGGGAAGCAUUUUCUUCUCUCCAAGCUAGUAUGACUUCAGAGGGAUUGAAUCUGAAGGAUAUUAUUUUGGUUCAUCUGUAUGUGAAGAGCAUGGAAGAUUUCAAUGCUAUAAAUUCAGUUUAUGUGACAGAGUUUGAUUUGUGUCCACCAGCAAGAGUAUGUGUGGAAACCCUGUUGCCUGAUGGAGCACUGUUUUGCAUGGACUGCCUUGCACAUAAGUGUGACAUUGCAAUGGAUGAUGUGUUACGUGAUGAAAAACUGGUCAUGCAUGUACAGAGCAUUUCCCACUGGGCACCUGCUAGCAUAGGACCUUACAGUCAGUCCAUCAAGAUUGGAGAUGUUCUCUACUGUGCUGGACAGAUAGCUCUGGUACCCUGUACGAUGCAGCUUGUUAGUGGUGGCAUACAGACUGAGGCCAGAGUUUCCCUCCAGCAUGUUGGGAGAGUUCUUCAAGCUAUGAGCCAGGAGACUGCACUGCACCACAUCAUCACAGCCAGCUGCUAUGUAACUGACAGCAAGCACAUUCCUAUUGCUCACUCUAUAUGGCAGAAGAAAUUACAAGAAUGUAAAAAGGUUGAAGAUUCAGAGAUGUGUCAUGAUGUAACUGCUGUGUGUGGGUUGCUUACUGUGGCUGUAAUAUCUCACCUACCCAGAGAUGCUGCCAUUGAAUGGCAUGUUGUUGCAGUAGUUGAUGAUCCACUCCAAAGAAAACAUUUUGCAAUGAAGAUGUUGUCAGAGGGCUUCCAAAUUGAGUGUGAAUCCGUGGAGUCUAGUUCUGCAGCUUGUGGAUCCAUCUCUGUACGACUGAGCUUGAUUUCCCCCUCCACUUCUCAGCUUGGUUUAGAUGGAGCCCUUUGUGACUUAGUUGACAUGUUUAGACAAGCUGUUGAGAAAUUUUCAGAAGACUGCAGUGCGAGUCCUUUGUCUUUUAGAGCUUUCUUCAAGGAGAAUGUCAUUGAUGCUGAAACUCUACAAACAGGAUUGCAACAAUACCUUGAAAAAUAUUUGGGUAAGAAGACCCCAGCUCUCAUUUUAGUCCCUGUGGUGGAUUUACCUGGCAAAGAAAUGAUUCAUAUAACAUGCUGGGUAAGCUAGCAGUUUAAAAGAGAUGAGUUGAUAUCAAAACAUGCAUUUGGUCCGGGAGAGAACAAAGAAAGGAAUUGAUUCUAACUGUGUUGGAUGCUUUCAUUAAGCAAUAUUGUUUCAUUUAAGCAAAGUCACAUUUAGCUUGUUAAUGAUUCCUGA